UGGGUUUUUCUUCUCGUCCUGUUCUGCAGAUAUUUUGCCGCCAUGGCAGAGAGUGCCGACAUGGAACAGCUCCUGGCGUCCUUUAAGAAGUUCGCCGUCCACGGGGACACGAAGGCCACGGGGAAGGAGCUGAACGGGAAGAACUGGGCCAAACUGUGCAAAGACUGCAGAAUCGUGGACGGAAAGAACGUCACCAGCACCGACGUGGACAUCGUCUUCUCCAAAGUCAAACAGAAGACGUCUCGGGUCAUCACCUAUGAGGAGUUUCGGAACGCUCUGGAGGAACUGGCCCCAAAGAGGUUCAAAGGUCAAAGUAAAGAGGAGGCGCUGGAGUCCAUCUUCAAACUGGUGGAAGGUAGAGAACCCACCAACGUCGGCGUGACGAAAGUGGCAAAGACGGCGGCGGUGGACCGUCUGACCGACGCCUCCCGUUACACCGGAUCACACAAGGAGCGCUUCGAUAAGAGCGGCAAGGGCAAAGGUCGGGAGGGCCGGGAGGAGCUGGUGGAGAACACGGGUUACGUGGGCGCGUACAAGAACGCGGGGACGUACGACACCAAGCUGAAGGCAGAGAAAUAACCAGGCGGGAAGCAGAGCUGCCUGCUGGGAGCUAACAGGAAGUACUCAGUCUGGACCAAACCCUGAACUUUGACCCCUCUGUGUGUGUGUGUGUGUGUGUGUGUGUGUGUGUGUGUGUGUGUGUGUGUGUGUGAACUGGACACGCUGACCGAUGAGCUGCACUCAGAUCAGAUUGUAAACUCUGGAAACACGUGACAGAAGUAAUGCAGUUUGUAAUAGUAAUAAGUAAUCAGUCCCUCUAAUCAGUCCAGGAGAGAGCGGGACGUGUCCGGAGAGUUCAGUCAGAAUGGCUCAGAGAGUUAUAGGCCACGCCCACACAUCAACAUGAUACUUGUGCUGUGUCUCAGUCCGCGCACUUCCAUACUUACACUUACUAUUUUGAGGGCAUAAGUGUGUUCACACUGAGAAUAACGGCAAAAAGCAGUACACUACCCUGUCAAAAUACUGCACUAAGCAUAUAAGUACAUAGUGUACGCAGUGUACUGCAUGUUAAUAUACUAAAGGAAGUACCCGAGUUGAGACACAGCAUUGGUAUUUUGUGGCGCCCCCUAUGAGUCGUCUCAAACUGCUCUGGCACGCCUCUUCCCAAACUGAAGAAACCCCUCACAAUUAAUGAUGAUUGGAUAAACCGUUAAUGAGUUUUGGCCAAUUUCCUGCUAAGCCCCGCCCUUUCCGAAGAUGCUUUGGUUGAUGGCGGCCAUGUUUUUCUUCCUCAUGUGUACCUCAGUCUUGUGAUGCUGUAUCCCACACUGAUAGAGUCAAACUUAAAGUCAUGUGACUGUUUCCCACAUUAUGCAAAUUAGCUUUUGAUCCAUGAUGGUGGACUUUAUGGUCCAAGAGGAUUUAGUAGAACUGAGCUCGUCGUUCGAUUGGGCCAUUAUUUCUCUGGGAGCACUUUGUUUCCAGCUCAAACAACAGUCAGCGGUGUCAGCGGUGUCAGCGGUGUCAGCGGUGUCGUGAGCUCAGCUCACAGUUUCAGUUGUGUAUCUUUGAUCUGCAAAAGCUUUUUGAUCCACGUUGAACCUGAGAGUCAGGAUAUGUUCUUCUUUGAUUCUUCUAUAUUUCCAUGUUGCAGCUUUGUUCUUCCUCUGCAAUGAUUUAAAGGUUUUGUUUCUGUCCGACUCUCGACGCAGAAACUGCACUGGUUUCUUUAUGAUUGACAUUGAAUGAAUAAAGGCAAAAAACAAA